AUGGAAGCAGACCCCUCUACUCUUCUCGAGUGGCUAAGGUGUGGGGACCAUGAGUUGCAAUUUACUUCGUUGGAGUACCUUUGCAAUAUAAUCCUUUUUUCCGAGGGAGGAAAGUUUCUUGAGCAAUUCGGUAUUUCCAAGUUUGUUGUCGAGAUGCUUCGGAUUUUCUCCGAUGAUAUGGCUCCCGAUAAUCUGCUUGAGGUGGCUGUUCGAACUCUAACUUACACAUUGGAGGCUUUCGGACCGCCAGCCAUACAAGCGUUCAAACCACAGCACUACAGGGUCAUCUCCAUGCGUCUAGAUACAGUUGAUAUGACCUCGACCCUGAGCAGUGAAUUCGGUCAGCAAAUUGUCAAGGUGAGUUGCCUGCUGGAUUUGGCAGCUGCUUCAAGACCACAAGUUGUGUACCGUGGUGGUGUGCUGACGAGCGUUCUGCGCUUUAUCCAAUUCUAUUCCGAAUGUGUCCACACGGACGUUCUUCGGGCAGGAAUGGACCUCAUCCGAACGCUGUGUCGUUACUGUGAACCGAGCGAACCCGAUGUCAAUGCCUGGAUGGAGUCUCUGACGGCUUUGUUGGAUCACAGAGACCACCAGAUUGUCGUAAACAACGCUCUCCAGGCGCUAGCCUCAAUUGUCAACCAAUUUGCACGUGCUGGACAGGAUCCAACGCCACUGGCGACGCCGAACCUCAUCGCUCGCCUUUCGAGUCACCUCUACAAGGCAAGCAGCAAUAGUUACGGUGGUGACAUCCACGAAUCUCCCUCAUACUACAGACAGUCUGCUUUAGAACUGUCCAGUUCCCACCUCUCUGCGGCCGAUUCUCUAUUUAAUUUGGAGUCGCGAGGAGGUGCUGCCGCAGGCGCUGGCGGUUCGAACUCGGACCUAGCCCUAGUCAACUCCCUAACAAACCUCCUGCUAACGUUGUGCUGCAGUUCCACCAGUGCAACACGGUGCCUGUUGCAACCGGAGAACCGCCUUGCCUCGGCCCUGGCAACUAUCCUCCUAAACUGGGGUGAUGAAAACACCUUGGCUAGCGUUUAUCGCCUUCUUGAGGUGAUCAUCCUCAUUCUCGGUCCUGAGACUACCUGCCGGUGUUGCGAAAAGAAGUCUCGCACUAGGCGACUUCGAACUUCCAGCUGCCGCACGUCGACUGAACACGAAGGAAGUUCCGAGGCUGAAGCGUCCUUCGAGCGUCAGUCCAACUUCCGGGCUGCCGUGGAGGCCAUCAGGAAUCACGACAUAGACGCCCUCACCACUCUCCUCUCAGACGGACCAGGUCUUGAUCUCAGCCACGUGGAUAACCGGGGCCAGACCCUGUUGAACUGGGCGGCCUCCUUCGGCACCCCUGAAAUGCUCGAAUUGCUCUGCAGCCAGCCCGGCGUCGACCUUGAGGCCGGGGCAAGGACGUGUCUGGACUACGCGGCGGGAUUCGGUCGUUUGGACAUCUGUCAGGUCCUACUUCGCCACGGCGCCAACCCCAACGCUGUCAACGCCGAGGGCAAGCGCCCCAUUGACAGGGCUCGACUCCUGAGCACUCCGGAUGCGAAUGCGAUUGUAGACCUGCUCGAGGGUAUGAUCAAGCGCGUGUUUAUGGCUGCCCCAAAUCACAUGAGCGGUGUUGGUGACGAGAGCGCUACCUCGCCUCAGUCAAACCCGAAGCCCGUUAGUCUGCAAUCUACAGCUGAGGGUGUGUCACCGGGCAAAGCGGCUACUCUGCGCUGCCGGUCUGUUUCACACCGGGAGACGCAAGCACUGCCGUCGGAUAACCUCUUCGUUUUCGCCUCUGAACUCCUCCCCGUCUUGAUCACUGCCUUCGAGAAUUCUCAGUCUGAAUCCGUCAAGUACCAAACAGUAUUGAUACUUGUGCAAUUAGUUGGCAACCUAACUUCCUGCAGCUUGCAGACCAUCAGUGAGUUUCGUCGCGAUGGUAUCAGCCUCAGUUUUCGUCUCUCUGAGAUGAUCUACACUGCGCUUGCGGAGGAGUCGGAAAACACCAUGCUGUGUGCCGUGGAGCUGUGCCAACAGUUGCUAGCGAAACUUCGCGCCACCUACCUGCCCCUCUUUUACCGGACUGGCGUCGUGGCACUCGUUAAGUCGAUUCACUCCCUCCUCCAACACCACACCGAUCCCACCACCUCAGGCGGCGAGGAGAACGAACAGAUGUUUAGCUACGUAGAGGAUGAGGCUGGUGACGAUGCCGGCGAGGACGAACACGACGACUCUCGAUCUUCUGGUUCGUCUUACCAGGAAGACGAAGCUGAGGAGCAGUACGAAGGUGAAGCAGAUGAAGGUGUCGAUGGUAAUCGGGCAGAAACGGGGGACCAGGAAGGCAAUUGCCCCGAAUCGGAGGACAAACCGUCAACUGAGGACAAGGACGAAACGCCAAACUAUUCCACGCUAAUUAUCGUGCCAUCUGGCUCAUUUCAGGGGUCCACGAAGGAUCCAGACAAAGACGACGACAACGAGGUGGUACCUCUGCCGAGUGCGCGACUCGAGAUAUGGCAGGACUGGGGCAUCCUCACUUUCGGCAAUCUCCUCUUCAUCUACACAGAAUACGCCUCAGUUCAGCUGGACAUAAACUGCGCCAACAAUGCCCUGCGUGGAUUCAUCGUGGUGGGGGGCAAGAACGAUGCCACGCCGCUUGAAAUCCAACCCAACUCGGAGUUGGUUGAGCGACCGGGUAUGCGCAAUGAGGUGCUUCGGUUGAUCAGCCAGAUCUACAAGUGCUUUGGACUAACUAACAGCAACGGGCUUCUACGAACUUGGCCCUACAUGUACCUCAGUGACCAUCCCAAAUUCGCCAAACCGCGUUGCCGGUCGGCGUGUAGAAGGCGAAGUCCUGCACACGUUCGCCCCCGUCAUUCCUCUCAGCCCGCUUCCCGCACCUACCGACUCAUAGGCGACGAUCUCCAUGGCGACGUUGUCCUCGAACCCACGCCGGCCUUCCACCAACCCAGGGCAAUGCGGGCCGGCAAUCUGCUGUUGGAUUUCGUGCAAUCAAAGAGCGAUAUGUACUUCCUGCGUGUGCGACCCUCUGGUUCGAGCGACGAGGCUCUUCUAUUCUCGGCCUGUUCCUGCGAGGGCUUCAUUUUGGCUACGGCUUAUCCCAGUGUCACUGAAGCAGUCAAUGCGAGGCUCGGCUGUGGCAAGAGUACUCGGCCGCGCUUAACUAGACAGACCUCCCGCAGGUUCUCUCGCCAGAGUCUCAAAUCCCUUGUCGACAACGCCGACAACGACGACGACAACGAAUCAUCUGUCGUCAUUAUGGAUGGCAGGAUAUGGGAUAUUCAGUGUCGCAGCGGUUGGCUCAACAAGAAAUUGUUCAAAGAGGACAUUGAUGCUCUGUCAUCGAAGAAUGAGUGUAGGCGGCUUCUGCGUUUCCACAUCCACCACCUCGCGCAGCGGCUGCUAACACGUGACUUCGUUGCCUCGCCGUCACAGUCGCUGGACUCCCUCAGGUCGGCCCCUCCCCUCACCCCACUAGCUGUCCCCGCGUCCCCGCAAACUGUCAGUCUCUUGUCCGCCGACACCACAUCCCUCCUCGGUGGUCUCAUGCAACUCGCCGCGGACAUCACCGCUCUGACGGAGCUGAAAUCGGCCAAAGUGGACGACGUCGUGCGUUCGUUAACGAGUUCUUUCCAGGCCCUCUCGAUGAUGCUUGGUUCUGGCGAGGAAUCGGUCACGCCCUACGAACUUUCUGCCAGUGGUCUCAUUUCAGCAUUGCUACUAUGCCUGUCGCCUUGUAAGGCCGCUGACUGGCGUGGUGUGAUCGAUUCAGACGACGUCUUGACUCACCUCAUCUUCCUUCGCCGACGUCGUCAGGCCUUCCUUCACGUCUUCAAAAGCACCAUGACUCUGCCAGUCCUUACUCGCUGCCUCGUUCGUGCCCUGGACCAAAGCGAGCACCUGCCCCUCCACCUGUUUGAGUUCAUUCCCUACCGCUCGACAUCGAGGCGACUGCACCAGUCAGGAGUUGAUGCCAUGGCCUCAGAGAAGGCCCCCGCUUCCAUUGCGCCUCCAUUAUCGUGUCCCCCGAACACCGGUUCCGCCGCGCCCGUAUUCACCUUCUCGUGCGAGCAACCGACCACCGAGUGUCCAGUGGCCCUCCCGCUUGGCAUCCUCGCCUCUCCGCACCUUCUCCCGCUUGAUCAGCACACCAAACUCACAGCAGGGGGGAUUCGUGGACUCGUGGACUUUAGGGUGAACCGCCUCCUGGGUGCGUGGCUCCCCUCCCUGGCCUUCUCCAUGUGCGUAGGUUGUGGCGGGAUGCACCAGCUUCGGCAGAGCUGCCCGAUCGUCGUCAAACGUCAGCGCGGUGUCGAGAAUGAGUUGCAGGUCGACGAUGAGUGUCUUUACCUCCAGACCACUCUACCCAAUGGGCUUGCCCUAGUGAUGACAACCUGGUGCGGACGAUAUCGAGACCGAAUUAAACUGUCCGUCGUAAAAGACUGGUGCGUGUGUGGGUCCCACCUUUGUCGAACCUCGAUGGCCUUCUUUGAGGAGUUCGCUGCGCACCCCAACCACUCAGUUUGUCUCCUCGCGGGAUCCUUUGAAAUCCCUCCGGAGAUCCCCGGUCGGUCGUACUUGGCAUUGAGCCUUUUCGACUGGCUGGGAACCAACGGAGGCACCAUGUUGAGCAAAUGGGUCAAUCCAGCCUCGAUACACCUCGUCUCAAUGGCCUCCUUCAAGGCCAACAGUGCCAGCGUGUACCCCGCGCCAAUGGGCUUCAUCGGUCAAACCUACCCACCGAGACGACGCAAAAACAGGAAACGGUUCAACUUCAAGGAAGAGGAGUGUGACAGUCACUUGUUGAAUGGGGAACAGGUUGGCGCGAGGUUCACCGUCGAUUUGGGCCUCCAACUCGUCCCCACGGCCUACCGCUUGGCGUCUCUGCGACGCGAGGGGAAGGGGCCUGUUGUGAGAAAUUGGUGUCUCCAGGCUUCAAAUGACCGAAAACGCUGGACAACCCUCUCCCUUCACCGGAACGACAAUCGUUUGAACGAGAGUGUUGUCACUAUACCCCUGAACCCGCGUGACUUCAGGCUGUGGUCUGUGCCGUUGGCCGGCAAUAUGCACACGUCAGUGUCGACAAGGCCCCUACCAAAGUCCUCUGGCGGUGACGCCAACGAUCCGCUUGAUCUCUCCACAGCUUCCACACAGACUCCGCUUGACUCCCAUCGGGAGGAAGGUGAAGAACAACACAAAAGCGAGUCGAGUUGGCGCCUCUUCCGCAUAAUGGAUCUGACGCCUCUGGAGAAACAGGGCAACUGCAGGCUACUUGUCCGGGGUUUCGAUCUCUUCGGCGUCGUCGUCACGGUUCAUGAUAAGGUGAGGCUCGAGUUUGCUGUUGAAUCGCCUAACAACGCGAUCGACCUCUGCGUUCGAUUGCCAGUCCACGUCUCCACUCGAAUACGCGGUGAAAUCAGCCUUCUGCCAGCACAAUCGUUGUCCUGUCUUCCCUCACAUUCGCCGCGAUCUAAGCAUGCCAUCAGAAGUCCCGAUCCGGCGGCGGCGGCUGCUGCUGGCACGAGCGGUGAUGGCAGAAACGACAAUCCGCCUUCGACCUCCGGCGCGCACAGUCAGCCUGCGGUCGACCCCAACGUUGUCCCCUCACCCACAGCGUCAGCAAACAACGAGGUCCAGACACAAGGAACUGAGUUGUCGACCGCAGGAGACGACCGUAAUUCGGUUUCGGUCGAUCCGCUUCCAGCCUAUGUGUCGUCUUCCAACACAGGGGAUUGCACGGCCACAGUGGACAUACCCGAGGUGGCAGGUGAAGUGGACGCGGAGGCGCCAGGCGACGCCGCAGUGCUCGAAUUUGCUGGAGCCCUCGAAGCCCUUGUCGAGUCGAACGCCGCUGAAGUCGUGGUUGAGUCUACCGUCGAGGGUCGCGCACACACCGAGUCUGUCAGAUCAAACCGCACUGACACCUUCUCCCUCGGCGACCUGUUUGAGGUCCAAUUCGCAGAUGUACACUCCUCCGACGAGUUCCACUCCUUGAAGGAUUUCCAAACCGCAGAGGUACCUGGUGAUGCACCUCCGGUCAACGAAGAUGACGACGAGGACGACGACGAAUCGGUCUUCAAACCGGCUCUCGAAGAUGCUGGCGCCUCCUCCAGUUCAACCGAAACUCAAUCCUCCACUGCUACCGCAUCUCCUUCAGCACUCGAAGCUUAUCUCCGUCAAGACGCCGGCGAUGAGGAUACUCGAACCGCCGAGGCUCUCAUCACAGACCGCAUGAAGGAGCUGCUCAACAGCUGGGGCUCUCGGCUUGAGGAUCCGGGCUAUGCCAACCACGAGACCUUCCGACUUACGCCCGGUCUUAUCCCCGUGUUCGACCCGAACGGCCGCAAUGCCAACGCCUCCUCCGAGUACGAUCUCCUCAUUAAGCCCAACUCGACUUCACUGCCUCCUCACUGUCGCAGAGACAAACGCGACUUCGAUAUACACCUCGAACUGUUCGCCCGCUUGCAGGAUGGCACGCCGGUGGCGUCCGUGGUUAUCGACGACGACAAUGCACCCAUUUACAAGUACCUACUGGAAUUAGCCGAAAAAGCGGUGUACGCGGAUACCUACGAUCCAAAUGAAGCCUCAGAUCCACCCCACGUGAAGGUCACCAUCGAGUACAGUUUCCGCAAAGAAAGUCCCUCUCAACCCAAUCAGCUUCAAACCGGUGACUCUCUAGCGCUACUGACGCCACGCGACAUCCGCCUUAUUCGUUCAACAGAGGAUCAACUUCGCGACAUCCUUGGCAUUCAGACACAGAAGCAAAGCACAGUUGAGAGGACGGAGGAACUCCUGCAACUUCUGCAGACAAUCGCCCAACUCACUGACAUCAGCAACCCCUUCCCCAACGUGCCCCUUCAAACCUCCGAAGCCCCUGAACCGUCGUCGCCGUCGUCCUCAGGCGUAUUAUUCACUGCCGGAGAUUACGACGAGCCGACGGAGAUCCAGCCGCCAGUGAGUAUGCUGUCGCCCGACGACUUUGUCUCGCGCAGUCUCACUCGCAAGGUGCUUCGACAGGUGAUGGACGCGUUGUCGGUGGCUGCGGGUCCCACACUACCCGACUGGUGCUUGAAUUUGCCAAAGCGCGUGACCCCCUUGUUCCCCUUUGAGCCGCACUUGUGGUUCACACGCCAACCUCUGAUCCACUACACUUCUCCCUAUAGAUCGAUAAUGUGGCUCCAGAAUCACGCUAGACCCGUGGAGAACCAAAAUGACACCUCGGAGGACCAUAGGAUGACGACAACGGUGAGCAGCCACUUGCAGCGAACGGAGGCCUCUCGAUUGGCCGCAGUUUUCUCCACAUACUUCAAAGGUGAUGGCGGCGGCGGCGGCGGAAGUCGACUUCACCGCCUCUCGACGUCGUCUGGCAGGCAGCGUAUCACCUCUACUUCCUCCACGUCAACAAAUAUUGGACUCUCUCGCCUUUCCACGACUGCAGACGCCAACAUCACCCUAGACCGUAUCUACCUAAGCAGAUACUACUGUGGUUGCUUGCCGAUUGAGAUUGGUCGUCUCCACAGGGAGUUCGUGCGCAUUCCACGCGGUGACUCGGUUGACCCCGAGGAGUACGGCUUUUGGGCGUGGGCGGAGCGUGUCAUGGACGAACACGCCGAGCGGAAGUCCGAGCUGGAGAUCCAAUUCAUCGGCGAGGAGGGAACUGGCAUUGGCCCUACCUUGGAGUUCUUCUCCCUGCUAGCCUUGGAGUUGCGCCUGAAGUCCGCGCAGAUGUGGUUGAGCGACGAGGAGUUGCGACCCACCGAGCCUCAGGAAGAUCGCUUCGUGGACGAGGUCGACGAGAACCAGCCUUCGACGUCGAUGCAUGUGCCGCCCCCCAAACGUCCCCGACUGACUCCACCCUCACCCUACGUCAACGCCUCCCAGGGCCUUUUCCCGACGCCGUACCCGCGCAACAUGGUGCCUCUGGCGGUCCUUCGUCGCUUCUACAUCAUGGGCAUCGCCGUUGCCAAGUGCCUGCAGGGUAAGCACAGGCGCCCUUUUGCCUUUCAGGACAACCGUCUAAUAGACUUGCCGCUCUCGAAACCCUUCACCAAGUUGAUCUCCCGCUACGGCAGUAUUCGGCGGAUCGGGAACACAGAGGGUUCGCAGCUGGAGGUGGAAUUUGCCAGGCUUGCUCACACCGAGGCAUCGCAGGAGCGAAUCGAUCUCUCCGCGGAUCCGCUCCUAUUCGCUGAACACACCAAGGGCAGUCGCCAUUGGCUCACCGGUCUCCUCGACUUCAACGACUUCGCUCUUCUCCAACCGGAGCGAGCGAGGCUGUUCAGGCAGUUUAGCGACCUCCUUAAGCGCUUCCAACGCAUUCGCGAGACCUGUCCGCCUGACGAUCAGUUUCUCAAGCAGCGUAUGGAUAACGCGGCCAUAGAAGUGCUUGGUUGCACGGUGGACGAUCUUUGCAUUGAUAUGGAAUUCGUGCCUCAACAUUCGUCACCUGGAACGACAGUGAAAUUACUCGAUGUCUACUCGUGGGAGUCGCCUGAUAGCGUGGUCGAUGAUGAUGAUCAUGUCCAGGAGUCCGUUUCGAAUGACAAUUUAGUUGUGUACAUACGCAGGACGCUGGAGUAUUGUCUCGAUAAGGGUAUUCGGGCUCAAAUGGACGCAUUUAGGGCCGGCUUCGAACGCGUUUUCAACAUGGACUGGUUGGCAUUGUUCUCCAGCCACGAGGUCGGUCGCCUCAUCAGCGGUGACUCCGGAGUCACGUGGAGCCGAGAGGACCUACUCGCGUACACGGUGCCCUGCCUCGGCUACACCAAGACCUCCACCACCUUCCUCCUGCUGGUUGACGUUCUGAACGUCUUCGACGCCGACGAGCGACGUGAUUUCCUUCGUUUCACCACCGGGUGCUCCAGCCUGCCCCCGGGUGGUUUGCGCAGCCUCAACCCGCGACUGCGAGUGGUGCGCAAGGACGCGAGUGAGGGACCCUAUCCCAGCGUGAACACCUGCGUCCACUACCUGAAACUGCCGGAGUACGGCGGUGCUGAAGAACUGCGUCAUUACCUGCUCGCAGCUAUGCGGGAGAUGGGAUUUUAUCUCAAUUGA